UCGCCACAGGUGAGAUACGGCGACCAGCCAUCUCAGCAGCCUCCUGAGCGUGUCCUCGCACAGCACGGCGAGAGCGACGACAUCAACUACCAGUACGGUGGAAAAUACGUCUGGCUUGUCCCUCAGUAUACGACAAACCCUCACCAGGCUGCCACCGGAUUCGACAUUGUGAUCCAAGAGCAUGGCGAUCCUGCCCCCAAUGACCUCGCUAAAGGUGCAGGGGGCGACUUCCGGUACCUCAUUCCUAGGAAAGACAUCACGGCGCAGCGUAAAGUAGUGCAAGUAGUGCUGUGCCAUCAGGACCAUGAGCUCUUCGGCACGCCUGAAGGCUGGGAUAGAUGCACUAUAGACAUCAAUAAGAUUCGAGGCAAGACGUACUUGUACCUUCUGUGGAAGACGGCGAUCGUCGGGUGA